GUUGUUUCGUGUUUGUUGAAUGCAGGCAUACGAACUCAGCUUGGUUAAUUAAGAAAAUCACAUGUCAAGGAAGUAUUGUUCUUGAUAUAUCACUGGUGUUAUCAAUCUGUUAAUAGAUCUCAGAUGAUAAUAAAUGAAAAAUCAAUCGAGUUGAACGAAUAGCGCAGUACAAUACGACACGAAUUUCUUAACUUAUCUAUGGAAAAGUUUUGAUUAGUGUCGUUGUGCUGCGAUUAUUUGAUGCUGUAAAAUAAAGUUAGUAUUAAUUCAUCUUUCAUGUAACAAGCUGGUGUAGCCUAGUUGGGGACGCUAGCUGUUUUUUCAAUACAAACAAGUCAUUUCUACAUAAAAAAAUGAUACUAGAAUCAGCUGGAUCCAAAGAUGAAGAAGAAAAUUAUGAUCCAUUUUUAAAUCGACAAGUAGCUAAACCAAACUCAGACACUGGUACAUUGAUUCACCUGAUAAAAGGAUCUCUUGGAACCGGAAUUUUAGCUAUGCCACUUGCCUUCAAAAAUGGUGGAUUAAUUUUCAGUUUGUUCGGAACGGUCGUGAUUUGCUUUAUCUACGUUCAUUGUGUGCAAUUGUUGGUAGGAACAUCCCAGAAAGCAUGCAAAAGCAACCGUAUUCCUGUUCUAGGAUAUGCAGAAACAGUCGAGGUCGUUUUUGCUGGGGGUCCUCCAGCACUACGACGUUAUGUAAAUUUUGCAAGAAACUACAUCGACGUAAUGAUUCUCAUCCAGAGCUUGUUGACAUUGUGCCUGUUCCAAAUAUUCAUUGCCAGUUCGCUGCGUGACGUCGUCAACAAUCAACAGCAGAUAGCCUGGGGUACGCACGUCUACAUUGCACUGGUGACGCUCCCGAUAGCGUUCAUCACCCAGAUACGGGUACUAAAAUACCUAGUUCCCUUUUCGGCACUGGCAAACGCUCUGAUGAUAAGCGCAUUCGGUAUCACAUUAUACUUUCUCGUACGGGAACAAAUUACUUUGGACGAUAAGAAUUUUUGGCCGGAAUGGAACAAAUUGCCGUUCUUCAUGAGCACUGUCCUGUACGCGAUCCAAGGCAUAAGAUAUGUCUUACCGAUAGAAAAUAACAUGAAACAUCCCGAGCACUUUCUUGGUCAUUGUGGAGUACUUUCUAAAGCCAUUGAAUUUUUGACUAUCCUCUAUGUUGUGACCGGAUUCUUUGGCUAUGCGCGUUAUGGAGAAAACACGAAAGGAUCUGUUACUUUGAAUCUUCCAAGUCAAAAUAGCUUAGCAGAAUCAACCCGUCUUCUGGCAGCCGUCGCCGCCAUGUUUUCGAUGGGUCUAAGCUAUUAUGUUCCGAUGGAUAUUAUCUGGCGUCGAUUAGAGCGAAAAAUUCCCGAUAACCGACGGAACAUGACGCAAAUUAUUCUUCGUUUCACAAUGUUAAUCUUAUUAACGGGCGUGACUAUGGGUGUACCAGAAUUGGAACCAUUUGUCGGAUUGGUUGGAUCGUUCUGUUCCGGAAAUUUGGUAGUUCUGGUUCCGGUAAUCUUGGAUACCCUCUACAGAUGGCCGAAUAGUUUUGGCCGCUAUCGACAGCUUUUGAUGAAAAACGUCCUGCUUGCUUUGUUCGGACUGUUUGUGUUAUUUGCAGGAACCAUUGCUAGUGUGCGGAAUAUUGUCGCAAUAUACGAGUGAACGCAGGGAUAUCGUUCAUCCAUAAUAUAAUAAAAAAUCUCAUCGCUGAUUCAUGUAACUUUUUAUUAAAAAUAUACUAAAGUUUUUUAU